AUGGAGAGCACUGCGAAUCCAAGACGGUCUCUGCGGCCGAUUAAAAGGGCGUGCGUUGACUGUCAUGCUAGAAAGGUCAGAUGCGACGGCGCCGUCAAUGGAUUUCCGUGCAGUAAUUGCAGAUCUGUCAACAUCGAGUGUGCCAUUGUAGCUCGGCGGAAGCGUGUUCGUGGCCCAGCAAGAAGCAGGCAGGCGGCUGCAAAUCGCAGCGCGGAGGGAGUCCGUUCGCUGGAUGUUGGCCAAACACUGGAGAUAGCACCUACGUCGCCCGUAAACCAGGAUAGUGAGGGCAACGAUGCCCCUCAGUCUGGUGCGGAUGGAGAAGACGAGUUGGCAAAGCAACAUUUGGUCAACUUUUUCGGCCAAAAUCUACAAGAAACCCCCAUCCGGACGCGACUGGCCUACGUAGGCAGUGAACUUGCCAAUCUUAACUAUCUUGUUCGCCAGCGUUCGGCGAAUCACAAUGUCUAUCAUUAUCCUUGCUCAAACACCUACAUUCCACGUGUGCAAAAGAUUUCUCAGGGUCUUACAACGCCGAGCCUCAUCCCCAAGGAUGCCUUCAUCAUACCGCCUAAACAUAUAUCGGAUGUGCUUGUUGCAGCCUACUUUGAAGACGUCCACCCAAGCUUUCCUAUUGUCGACAAAGAUCGAUUCCUAACUCUGUAUGACGAGCCACGGUCGGUCCCUUCGCUUCUCUUGCUACAAGCCAUCUGCCUCGUCGGCAGUCAUGUUACUGCCGCUUUCAAGAACAACCAAGACUUUAAGGUGUCUUUCUUUCGACGAGCCAAGGCCCUUUUUGACGGGCGGUACGAAGAGGAUCGGAUGGAAAUGGUCCAGGCGGCUUUGCUUCUGACUUGGUUCUCUGAUGGCGGCGACGACAUUUGUGCUAAUGCAUGGUGGUGGAUUGGAGUCGCCUCGCGUACUGCUAUUGGUCUCGGGAUGCAUCGAGAAGUUGGCCCCAGCAAGAUGCCAGACGCUGACAAAAAGACAUGGAAGAGAAUGUGGUGGUGCCUUGUUCAGUUUGAUUGUUUGGUCUCACUGUGCUAUGGACGGCCCCAGAAUAUCAAUCUGGAUGACUGCGACGUGCCGGCUCUGACUCCCGAGGAUUUUGACGCUUCGGAGGGUACCAGAGAAGCGAACUUCGUCAUAUAUCAUAGCGAGCUCUGUGCCUUGGUAUCUCGGCUCGUACAAUCUCAUUUUUCUCUUCGAGCUAUCAAAACCGAAGAUAGCCGCAGAGAAAGGUUAGAUGCGGUCGAUGCAAGCUUGGCUCAGUGGCUGGCUAAUUUACCCCUCGAAUUUCGACAAGACGCAGCAUUACGACCUUCCAAGGAGCGAAAUCCGUGGCCUCUGUUGCUGCAUCUGACAUUUAACACUGUAUUGGUCUUAUUUCACCGGUCUCCAGUGGCAAGUCGAGCUGGCAGUGAUACCGGAACAGAUGGAACAGCCGACGAAGAGAUUUGUUAUGAAGCAACGUCAAAUAUCGUUCGAAUAUUCGAGCGUCUAGACCAGCAGUCAAGCUUGCGACUGUGCUGCUUCUGGACUCCGAGCCCUCUUUUUACAGCAUUGCUCCAUCUCCGAGGCCAGCUAAGAUACAAAAAUCCGAUUCUUGCAAUGAGGGCAAAUGAAAAGUAUCAAUCUGGAAUGCAGUCAUUGAGAAAACUUUCCCAGUACUGGCUGUUCGCAUCUUCGGUCUGGAGGUUAUUCGAGUCCAUUUCGACUAAAGACAUUCUUUCGGAUGCAACCAUAGUGCAAGCGCCGCAGGGCACGAUACCGUUAGAAGAAAUUUCCCCAAAUUCUUAUGCUGGAACUGAGAUGAAUGUCGCCGAACAAGCUCAGCCACGGGAGUCAGAAUGGGCUCAAGUACUUACAAGCGAGGAACCACUCCAUGGGCGCUACACAGCUAUGGAUCAAUAUAGAUGGCAGGACCAUUUGUCAGAAUGGCACUCGUUGUAUUGGAGCGAUCCGCUCGCUAGCAUGCGAUUACAGGAGGACUUUGGGGAAUAUCUAUUGGAAGAGGGUUCAACGCCCGAAGAACCGUCCGCACUAGCUACCGAGCGAAUCUAA